CGGAGAAGAAGCAGAGGAGCCGAGCCACACACACAAACGUACACUGCCGUGUUCUCUGAUCCAAACUGCGAAGGAGAAGCAGGAGAUGUCGUCGGGCAGCGCCCGCGCUCCCGUGGCCGCUCUCCGGCCGUCGGCAUCGUCGCCGAGCCCUCGGUUCCUCGGCGACUCCGGCCGCCAGCUCGGGCUCGCCAAGUCGCUGGCACGGCGCGACGUGGCCGUCCAGGCCAAAGGGCAGUGGCUCCCCGGCCUCGCCUCCCCCGCCUACCUCGACGGCAGCUUGGCGGGCGACAACGGGUUCGACCCGCUGGCGCUGGCGGAGGACCCGGCGGACCUGCGGUGGUUCGUGCAGGCGGAGCUGGUGAACGGGCGGUGGGCGAUGCUGGGGGUGGCCGGGAUGCUGAUCCCGGAGCUGCUCACCAAGGCGGGGCUCCUCAGCGCGCCCGAGUGGUACGACGCAGGCAAGGAGACCUACUUCGCCUCCUCCUCCACGCUCUUCGUCGUCGAGUUCAUCCUCUUCCACUACGUCGAGAUCCGCCGGUGGCAGGACAUCAAGAACCCAGGGUCCGUCAACCAGGACCCCAUCUUCAAGAGCUACAGCCUCCCCGACCACGACUGCGGAUACCCCGGCAGCGUCUUCAACCCGCUCAACUUCGCCCCCACCCUCGAGAACAAGGAGAAGGAGCUCGCCAACGGGAGAUUGGCGAUGCUGGCGUUCCUGGGGUUCCUGGUGCAGCACAACGUGACUGGCAAGGGGCCGUUCGAGAACCUGAUGCAGCACCUGGCUGACCCAUGGCACAACACCAUCAUCCAGACCUUCUCCGGUUAGGUUGCGUAAUCCGUUCGGUAGAUUUCCCGGCCCGAGGAUGUGAAUUUCAGGUGGCUUGGAUUGAUCUUUUGGAGAGCGAAUUCUAUUGGUUCUUCGAACAAAUGGUUGUACAGUGUGGAGGAUUGGGCGAGCCUUGCACGGUUAGGUGGACAGUGCAGAACCUUGUAAUCUUAAAAUUCUGGUGAUGAAACUUUGUUCUCGUGGGAUUCACCAGUAGCUUCCAACUGAAGCUGCAUGUACUUGUAACAUCACUCCUGAGUGUUCCUUUUCCCAACAUGGCAAAGAUAGUUUUAAGCACUAA